CAGUGUCUAAAGAUUCCGGCCUCCUAGCAAGGACGACGUCGCGUCUUCCCCACCCUCUGUCCUCCACAGUUUCCCUUACCUCGGUCAAACUACAGAUGCACAGAUAUGCGGGGAAAAUGUCCACUUCAAGCCUGCUUCAUGUCACUUCCACUGGCCCAGGAAUCUGUGACCGAGGGCAAGAAUGUUUAAUUUCUCCUCUGGUUUCCUGCCACAUGGCCCAUGGACAUGGACAUGAACAUGGUCCUAGUAAAAUGGAACUUCCAGAUUAUAAACAAUGGAAGAUAGAAGGGACACCAUUGGAAACUGUCCAGGAGAAACUGGCUGCACGAGGACUAAGGGAUCCAUGGGGCCGCAAUGAAGCUUGGAGAUACAUGGGUGGCUUUGCAAAUAAUGUUUCCUUUGUUGGAGCAUUAUUAAAAGGAUUCAAGUGGGGAUUUGCUGCAUUUGUGGUAGCUGUAGGGGCUGAAUAUUACCUGGAGUCCCAGAAAAAAGAUAAGAAACAUCACUGAAGAUAAUACCUGGAAAUAUCUUUUAAUGUCUUAACUUUCUUAUGAAAAGAUUUCUUCACUGUAGCCUACUCACCUGUGUGUUUAUUCCUUAAGGAAUACUAGUAAGAUUUAAUAGAUUUAAUAAAAUAAGAAAACAUG